AUGAGUGAGAUAAUCACAUUAUCGUAUGGACUGAUUUGUAAUAAUACAGUCACUCACUUGUAUAACACCCAAGAAUCGUUGAUAUCUUAUACACCAUCUUCAAAACCCAAUCAUGAUUUACAAGUAUUUCUAACUAGAUUCAAAUCUACAUCAGUUAGUUAUUCACCAAGAGCAUUAAUUUAUGAUUUAAGAAAUGGAUUAGGGGCAUUGAAUAAAUAUGAGUAUCAUGAAACAUUACCUGUUGAUUUGAACUUUUCACUAUUAUCGACAAACACAACGGCACCUGCGGGAGCAGAAACAGGAGCAGGCAGUUCUUUAGAAUCGGGGUAUAACUUGAAAAAAUCAAGGGUUGAAAAAAAUGAAUAUCAACAGAAAUUGGAUCAGGGGGUUACUGAUGGCUCGUCAUUAAAUGUUAACAAUACCAAAUAUUGGACUGAUUACAAUAAACUAAUAUAUAAUCCCAAAUCAUUAACCACAGUCAAUAAUUUUGUUCACAAUGAAAAUAACCAUGAGUCGGGAUAUCAUUAUAAUUUUAAUAGUUUGAAAUACGACUCGUUCAAUAUUGGACAAGAGGAAUUUAAGGCAUGUAACAAUGGAAAUGGUGGUUAUGGUUAUGACGAUAAUGAUAAUAAUAAAUCGAUAGAGAAUUUCCGAUAUUUUUUAGAAAAAACUGAUAGAUUACAAGGAUUACAAUUGUUAACCAAUCUUAAUGAUGCAUGGGGAGGGUUUACUAGUGAGAUGCUAAUAGAUUUGAUUGAUGAAUUUUUCAACAAUACAAGUAGUGACAAACAAAAUUUAUGGAUUUAUGGAAUAAUGAACAGUACAAAACUAUCAGAAAAGACACAGUCAAUCAGAACAAAAUUAUCGUUUAUUAAAACAUUGAUUGAAUUGACUAAACAACUGAGCUUGAUUUUCCCAAUGAAUUUAAAUAAUUCAAAAGAUGAAAGUUGGCACAAUAAUUACUCCAUGUUGACCGAUAAAUAUAAUUCAGGUUCAAAUUGGCACCAAUCUAGUUUAUAUGCUACAUUUAUUAAUUCGAUAUGGGGAUUGAAUAAUCAACUCAAGAAUCAAAUCAGCAUGACUCAUUUACAAAAUGAUAUCGUGAAACUCAAUCCUAAUCAAAAAAUAAUUAAUCAAAUUAAAAUAAAACAAGAGAAAAGUGGUAAUGGUGACAAACAAAAUCAAUUAUUUGGUUCAGAUUUAAAUCAAUUUAACUUGAAGGACAUAGUUAAUUUGAAAGACCUUAGCAAUCUUGGGAAAAGCUCUGACACAAGUGCUACUCAAAGAGAAAUAAACUUAGGAAUAUCAAAGAAUGCAAGUACUAAUACUGGUAAUGAUGCCUAUCAUAAUUUUGUUCAAAAUAGAAUAUCUUCUUCAACUUCACAAAAUGAAAAAAUGAUGAAAGACAAAGAGCAAGAACAAAAUGGGAUUAUUAACAACUAUCUAAACCCUUAUAUUGACAAUAUAUUUCAAGUGGAAACUUUCCCUGUUGAUAUUUUAAAGUCAUCGUCAAAUGCUAUUAAUAUAUCGACUGAGUUUAAUGUUAAUGAUGGAUUGAAAUCUUACUUGAAACCAUAUAUAAAACUAGUGUCAAAUAUUAGAAAUCAACAUCGUGAAUAUCUAGAUAUCAUUGAAGAUAAAGAAGAAUUGUUGGAAGAUUUGAAUAAUAUAAGUCAAGAAUAUUCUUAUGGUUACGAAUCAGAUGAUGAAGAUUAUGAGUGA